AUCAAGGCACCACAAGCAGAACAAAAACACAACCAACAUGGGUUCCACCGAAACAGCCACUCUGAACUCGCAGAUCGGGCUGUCGAACGAGCACGUCGGCAUCCUAGGCGACGCGCCCGUGGACAGCGCCUCGAUCCAGGAAGCGAACCGGCUGCUGCAGAAAAACCACGAAGAAUGGCACAUGUUCUUCCGCGACCGGGCGGGUCACAACCACAUCGCGCACUCGAUUCUGACCUGCCUGGCCCUGGGGGCGGCGCCCGAAGACAUCCAGCGGGCGUACGACGACGGGGUGGGUAUCCAGCGGCCAAUCCCGGAGGUAGACAGCGCGACGGUCGAGCGCCUCGCCGACGAGGAGUUCUUCUACGGGACGCUAGGCGAGAUCACGCAAUACACGUCGUUCCUGGUCUUCUUCCAGCGGCAGAUGGACGCGCACGGCUGGCAGGCGACGGUGAACAAGUACGUGUUCUCGCGGAGCAAAGUCGCGGAGAAGAUGCUGGCGCGGCUGUACGAGGGGGCGUACCACCCGAUCAUCCACCUGGGGCUGGGGAUCGAGUUCCAGCAGCCGAGCAUCAUCGCGGAGGCGCUGGCGCAGGCGGCCGCCCACGACGACAGCCACAUCGGCCAGCUGUUCGAGGCGUGCGAGGCCCAGGCGGCCAUCGCGUACCCGCCCAGAAACCUCAAGCCGCUCAUCCAGCUGCUGCACGAGACCCGCGCCAACGAGUCCAUCCGCUCCGCGCCGCGCUGGGAGGACUUUGGCAACAAGAUGCGCGACGGCGUCGUCGGCCGCGCCAAGUUGGAGAUGGCGUUCAUCGCCUCGCAGUUCGUCGUCAAGCCCGAGGAGUUGGAGCGUCGCACCGCCGAGAUGAUCAGUGUGUGUGCGUACAUGGCCGGCGCCAGCCAGCGGCCUGGCCGCAAGCGCAAGAUCGACUUCUUCUACAUGCAUACGCUCACCAGCUCGAUCUUCUUCAGCGUGCUGAUCAGGCAGGACUGGAUCAAGCUUGAGGACCGCGUGCGGCUCGUCGAGUGGAAGGGUCGGCUUGAUCUGGCCUGGUAUGUCGUCAGCGGGUCGGCGGAGCUGUACGAAGACGCGAUCACGGGCUAUCAUGAUGAUUUCAGUGCCGAGAUGGGGUGGAAGGAGCUGUAUGCCGCUGUGAACAAGGAGCAUGAUGAUGGGCAUGUGGCUAAGAUGAUCCGCGCGCUGAAGAAUGGACAGGGGGCGUCGCGCCCGUUUGAGGCCGAGUACCCCGAUGUGUUCCCGGUCAAGGGCGAUAUGUGGUUGAAGAUCGCGCGCAUGGCGCUGGAUACCACCAAGGACUGGCCGACCGACCAGAAAUUCGUCAGCUUUACGGGCUUUGAUAUGGGGUGGAAGAUUCGGCCGGAUCUUGCUUAGUUUGGUUCUUAUCAGGAAUUGCUCAAGUGUUCCCUAUUGAAGAUUGUA